CUUCGAUCAGCUUCUCUUCUCCACUUGACUCUCGAUCAUCCCGCACCAUGUCACAGACAGAUCUACCACUACCGGUCUUCUAUUCUAAGACGCUAUCUUCCCUGCUACCUAUAUUCGAUGACUCGCUGUCCCUUUCGGAUCCAAACGCAGUGGCGAUUCUGUCGAAAGCCUUGGAGGAUCUACACCUCAUAGCGAGGAUGAUCACUUCCUUAGGUGUGUUCUCCGAUAACGAAUCAGUGGAAGAGCUGGGCAAUGGCGAAUUAGUCUUCAUGAGUCUAGGAUGGGUCAUUGGUGAAGCCGAAUCCAAGGGGGGUCUGGGAGGUAUCCAAGAUCGUCUAGCUGCCCUGAAGCGAGCGGAUCAUGCUUUCAAUCUCUUUCUGAGUCUGCUGUCCACCUACUCUAUCGUCACGCCCUCUGAGCAAGCGGAAAGUUCCGCAAUGGGAGUGGAAGCCGGUCUUCCUAGAGAUCCAGCCAAACGCAGAGAAGCAAAGAUUGCACAAUACAAGAGGGAGAAGCAGCUGAGGGAGCAGAUCUCGACACGAUGUCCUGGCCAACCAGACUCAUCAUCCAAUCCUCUAUCCUUCAUCCUUUCCCUUCUACCAUCUUCCGAUUCUAGACCUUCCUCUACAGCCGUCAAUGCGGAAGAAGACGACCAGCGGACAGUCUCCCUGUCUGUCCUUCAGCUGCUGUACACUCUGACCUUAUCGUCCCUCGCCUCCAUCAAGAUGGAGCUCGACAUUUUGGCCUCUGCACCGCCUGAACCUACUUCUUCACAGCCUCCACAGACAGGCGAGACGGACAACACAUGGCGGCUUGAUCGCACGCCGGCUUCGCACGUCAAACCCCGUCAGUUGAUCUCAGGUGGAGGUCGAGUCUUGCGGCCGUUUACAAUCCUCCCGUCGACCAUCGCCAUGUCGGAUAGGGAGAGGUUACGGAGUGAAGUGUUCAGGAGCGGACACAGAUUACCGACCAUGACUAUUGACGAAUACCUCGAGGAAGAGCAGGCGAGGGGGAAUAUCAUAACGGGUGGAGGGCAAGCGUCAGCGGACGCUCCAACGGAAUCUGAACUCCUCCAGCUCGCAGCCGAAGAGGACGGAACGAUGGAAGGAGACGCCAAGGCGGAGCAAAAGCGCUUAAAAGAUGAAAAUUGGGCACAGUACGCCGAGGCGAAUCCUAGGGGGGCAGGGAACAGGAUGAACCGCGGAUAAGGUGUUGCAUUUGAUAAAGCAAGCAAAGAGGCAAGAUCUAUACUGAGCUGGUUGAUUGGGCGAUUACUCACAGUCUUCAUUUGCGACGGCGGGUCCUUUCUCCUUUCUCGUCAUCUCCUGGAGGUGGCAGUCUGCAAAACGAGUUUCGUGCAUGACACACUCAGUUCCUUUGAGUGCUCCUGGUGGUGUAGGUGGCUCACGCUGGAUGCUUGUGUG